AUGUGCCCAAUGCUUUUGAACGGCCUCGCCGACGGUCCGACCAUGGUCCUCUCUCCUCCCCAGGAACACGCCUUCGUUCAAUACCCGCGCCAGUCCAAGAUGGAUGUCGCAGCGGAUGCUUCUUCCGCCGCGUACUUCGCCAAUGGGUUCCACCCUAGUUCUUCCUUCUCGGGUGGUCUGGCUGGCUCCGGCCCAAUCACAGCCAAGCCCUCUCGCAAACGCUCGCGCGAAGAGGCAGACUUUGAGGAAGCUCGCAAUGGCCCCAGCAUGCCUUCUCUGUCGACGCCGGCCCCUCCCGCGCCCCAGACCGAGGAACCCAUCUACGGCGAAGGCAUGGUCCUUCUGAACCCGCGCACCAAGAUGGCUAUCUCGGCCGAAAGCCAAACGGGGACCUGGUACGAAGAGAACAUGGCCUCCGCGCCCGCGCCGCCGUCCGCUGCGGUCCCGUCUCAGCCCGAGCCCCAGCGCGUGGAAUCCGGCCGUAAAUCGCAGCGGCUCGAUCCGUCCGCCCCCAGCUUAGACGACAUCACCAUCUCCUCGAUUCAGCGCCGACAAGAUGCCGCCAACGACGACAACCGCCGUAUUCUCGACUCCGCCACCCGAUCCAACCCUUUCUCCCCCGGAGAACCUCUCGUCGACGACGCUACCCGCCUCCUCGGAAUCAGCUGGCAACGGAUCGCAAUGGACGAUGCCGACAUGGCGGCUGCUGUGCGCGGCUGGAAGAAGUAUAUCGAUCGCCAAUUCAGCGCCUAUCUCGCGGACUGCCAGAUCCUCAUGAAGAAUCGCGCCCUCAACGCCUACCUGGUCGCGGCCCGACCGGUCACCCCUCUCGGCCUGGCCUCCGGUCCGGCGUUCUACCUCUUCAAUGACGAGCUCACCCAGGCCCAACUCGUGGGCUCCUCGUGGGAAACCAGCGUGCAGAACCUGCGCGCCAACCCCAUCAUGUUCGAAGGCACCCAGGUGCUCAACGCGUCCGAUCGCCCCUCGGAUGCGGCUGCAGCGGUGGCGUCCCCGAACCUCCUCGGGAUGAACCCCGUCGACUCCGGUCUUCCACUUUUACAGACCCUCAGCGCCAAGCCAUCCAUCGACCGAAUUGGCGUGGGCCUGAACGGAGGCGUAGGAAUGGGUAAUGGGAUGGAGAUCGACGCGUAA